CUCGCACGGCCGAGCGGCGAGGGGCGGGGCGGGUGCGGCCGCUGGUGCCCGGCCGGGCGCUGCCGGGAGAGGGCGCGGCGAGGGGACCGCUGCUAGAGCCCGAGUUGUUUGCUGGAGCCGGGACCCGGAGACGCUUCCCGGGAGCGGGGCCGGCUGGAGCCGGGCUGCGCUGGGCUGGGUGGCCUGGAGCGAGCGCGGCCGGGUGGCGCGCCAUGGACGCGAAGGUGGGCGGCGGCGGCGAGGAGGAGGAGUGCGUGGACUCGGGCGCCGAGACCGGAGGGUCUGACUACAGCCACCUGUCCUCCACCAGUAGUGAGCUUUCUGUGGAAGAGGCACAAGACCCUUUCCUGGUUAGCAUCCACAUCAUCGCAGACCCUGGGGAGUCCCAGCCGCUGCAGGAGGCCAUCGACAAGGUGUUGGCAUGGAUCCACCCAGACCUUCCGCUCUUCCGGGUGUCUGAGAGGCGGGUUGGUCGGCGGCGGAGGAAGUCCCCCAAGGGGGCUCAGCCAGCGCUGGCGGUGGUGCUGUUCCUGCAGGAGGAGUAUGGCGAGGAGCAGAUCCUGCAGCUCCACCGCAUGCUGCAGCGGCCUCCCUGGCGCCACCACCACACGGAACGUGUGCACGGCAGGUUCCUGCCCUACCUGCCCUGCAGCCAGGACUUCUUCACGCUGGCCCCCGGGACCCCGCUGUGGGCCAUCCGACCCGUGCACUACGGCAAGGAGAUCGUGCGCUUCACCAUCUACUGUCGCCACGACAGCUACGCCGACAGCCUCCAGUUCUACGAGCUGAUCCUGCGCCGGAGCCCCAGCCAGAGGAAAGCGGACUUCUGCAUCUUCCCCAUUUUCUCCAAUCUGGAUGUAGACAUCCAGUUCUCCCUGAAAAGACUGCCCUGUGACCAGAACCCGGUGCCCACCGACUCCUCUGUGCUGGAGUUCCGGGUCAAGGACAUAGGCGAGCUGGUCCCUCUCCUACCCAACCCCUGCAGCCCCAUCAGUGAGGGUCGCUGGCAGACCGAGGACCACGAUGGCAACAAGAUCCUUCUGCAGGCACAGAGGGUGCACAAGAAGUUUCCCAAACCCAGCAGAGCACGCUGCUCCUCCGAGAAGAAAGCUCAUUCCAUUCCUUCACCAAGCGCCACUGUACCGAGCCAUACACCAAGUGGCAGCCAACCGUCCCUGCAUGACAACUGGUUCCUGGGGCCUGGCCAGACAGGCCUGCCUAGUGGGUACCAGCAAGAAUUUGCCAGACAAACCAGCAGCACCCCCAGCGCCCCCUGGUCUUUCCAGAGAAGCAAGUCUUUGUUUUGUCUGCCCACAGGAGGCCCCUCCCCAGCCUCCUCAGCCGAACCACAGUGGUUUUCAAACACAGAUCCACCAGGGCACAGGCCAUCGAACUGUAGGCAUAGCCACCUCCUCUCCAUUGAUGACUUAGAGGGGGCCCAGGAGACAGAUGUGGACACAGGCCUGCGACUGUCUUCCUCUGACCUGUCGGUGGUCUCUGCGUAUUCUGCACCCAGUAGGUUCUGCAGCACACUGGAAACAUCCCUCCCCUCUGAAAGAUGCAGCAGCCACUGGUCAACACGCAAGGGUCCCAGAGAAGGUCCACUGCCUGCCGUCAGCGGGAUGGCCACAGAGGCCUCCUGGGCUUCCCUCCCUUUCUUCACCAAAGGAUCUUCCAGAUCCUCAGUGACAACCAUCUCUGCUCCCCCAGCUUCUAGUGCCUCCUCACUCACAGAGCCAUCCCCAAAGCCCCCUUGUGAUGCUCCCAAAGCCACACAGACUGGCCAAGAUGUGUCACCACCCCCAGGGUUGGCUGGUCCUGGGGAUAAUGACUUGGAGGAGUUCUACAUCUGAACUUUUCUUGUUUUCCAAAUACAAAUGCAGACACCAAGACUCAGGUCCCCCCACCCCUCUGCUCUCUGUAUACACCAGUGUUUCAGCCCUCACCCCAAAUCGGUCUGGAACUUCAUUAUCCAUCUCAGGGGGAUCAUUAGCACAUUUGCCAUGCCACUCUUUAUAGCCUGGAGGUGGCAUAUUUCUAGGGACUCAGUGAAAGAAUACUGACAUUUUUAUGCAAAUGAAUUCUCAACCAACUUCAGUCACAAAAUAUAUUUUUGAAUACUCAGUCUGAGACGUGGUUUAGUGCCCUUAUACAAUUUAAAUGCUUCAUAUAAUUAUUUGAAAGGAAAAGAAAACCUAGUCAGCCAGAGUUGAUUUGGCAAUUUUUCACGCUGUGAAAGAAAAACAAUUAAAGCCAAAAUGUUGAAUGUGGGGAAGAUAAUAAGGACAUGUAUGAAAGAUCACUGCACAGAGAGAGAAUGCACACCUUGUUGGAUUCUCCAGAUACUUACAUUGCCAGGGAACAGUGGUCCAAGGAAUUUUCAAGCCCUGCUUAUCAUGGACAAGUCAACUCGAUAAGACAGCUAUCAACAUCUAUCAGACUGCAGAAUGCCUCACUUUGAAGCCAUGCAACAGCUGAAAAUCUGGAUUUAUGCAAAAGUAGCUAAUACAUUUUGUUAGAUUUAGCAUGAGUAAUGGAUUCUUGGUGCAUUGAAAAUGUGAUUUGUGUUCCAAAACCUAGAUUUGCAUACACCUUUUCAACAACACAUUCACAAUAAUGAAUGAGGGGCUGCAGAAGACAACAUUCUGGAUUUGGAUCAUUGAGGAGGACUUAUUCCUUAACUUUAAAGAAUGAGAGGAUAUUAGGCAUAAGGAGCAGAUAGGCUUAAUAUUCUUCUACUUGAAAAGCACAAUCUAAGGGCUGCAUAGAUGUCUUUAUAUAAAUAACAGGAGCCACAUUUUAUAUUGCUUUCUCCAGUAAGCACUCAUGGCCACACAGUCUAUGUUUUUCAUUUUUAAAUAAUUUGGAACAUUUUAGCUGGCAUUUUGAUUGCACAGAUGCACAAAAUGCCCCUCUCCCUCAAACGGGAAACUACACAAAAUGUUGCCCUGAACAAACCCUGGUGUACCGCUAGCCUUUGGUAAGUGCAUGAGAGCCUUAAUUAAAGCUGGCGCUGCAGCCCGACCUUG